CAUCUUCUCUACUUUCCAAGUUUUAUCAACACACUUUCCAAGCAAAAUCAAAAUGGGCAUUCGCUUGCCAAGGAUCGUAAGCGGUAAGCAAAUUCUGCGACGGAUUCUCUUGUCACAGGAAAUUCCUAAUGUGCCGAAAGGUCACGUUGCUGUUUAUGUUGGAGAAACUCAGAAGAAGCGAUUUAUCAUUCCAAUAUCAUGCUUGAAGCAUCCUUCAUUCCAGAACUUGCUAAGCCUGGCUGAGGACGAGUUUGGAUUUGAUCAUCCUAUGGGCGGUCUAACGAUCCCUUGCAGUGAAGAAGUCUUCACAGAUAUCAUUUUCAGUUUGUAGGCAUCGUAAUAGAGUUAAUUUUAAUGUAAAUCAUAGGACAUUGCUACUGUAGCAAACUAAACUAUGAAACAAUGUUGGGUUGAGAAAAGAGCAACUGAAAAGAAAAUGUAUGUAAAGUAGUAUUCUUUAUUGAAAAUGUAUGUAAACUAUUAUUUGUUAUAUAUUAACAUCAUUUUAUAAUUCAUAGGAAAUUUCUUCAUGUUGAAUUUCUUUUUCUUCCUUUCUUUUAA